CAUAGCAGAAUCAUGGCUGAUGACUCAAUUAAUGGUUCUGAAGAAGUUAAGAAGAGGCUGAAAAUUCCAUGCUUGUUGACCUUCAGAAGCUCUGAUGGUCAAUUGUGUUCGGUACCUGGAUAUUUAUGCCAUACUGGAAACACUCCAACAGGAAAUAUAAUCGAUAGACAACGAGAACAAAGGAUCUUGUUGGAAUUUAAAGCAGAUAGCCUCUUUAAGUAUCAGUUUCUUCAACUAGGUGGAUACUAUAUUCUGAAAUGUUCAACUAAGAGAGAGCGUGAUACAUCAAUUAAUAGCAAGACAAACAAUGGUAAAAUCUACAUAACUCAGCAAAUGACCUUCUGGAGUCUUUCAUUUUCUUUUGGUGAACAUAUGGGUCCAUUACAAGAUCAAUCCUCUCGGUCUUCUUUAUUUGAAGCAUCUGAAGCUUAUGAAGGAGAUGUAUCCCCAGGCAACAUUCUCCUUCAGCAAUCAUUCAGCCAAAUGCAUAAGAAUUCAGAUGUCCAUGUUCACUUCUUUUCUGAAGAGAAAGAUAUGUUCAGGAUUAUUCCUGAACCUGUAGAAGUGUUAAGUGUGUCAUCUUGCCUUCACAUUUUGAAAGCCAAGAUAGGAAGAACUUCUAGUGUUGCUGAUCCCCAAUGCAGAGAUAUGCCUCAAGGGAAUCUAAUUUCUCUAUGUGGUAACGUAGAGAUCAUACAAAUAUGCAACUACAAAUCCAGACCUUAUAUGAGUUCUAAUCAGUUAGAUUGCAUGGAUAUUGAUCAAAGGAUGUGUUGCGAUAUUGUUAUCCAUCUGUGCAAUGAUCAUCACAAGGUACUAAUUCAUGGCAACUUCAGAAAGCAUAUGUAUCCUGUUGGUUUGGGACCCGGAGCAAAUGCAACUUUUCAUCGUGUCCUUGUGACGUGUCCAUCAAGUGGAUGCCCCACAUUGGUAUUAACGCCGGUGUCCUUUGUUGUAAUCAACUUCAUUAAAGAAGUUGCUCAUCAACAUAGCAAGGAAAGAACUACACCUCAAAUAGAAGCCAGUUUCGCAGUCGAAGAGUCAUCCAGCAUAGUUUUAGGUUUGAUGUCUCAAUUGACUUGGUGCCUCGAAAAUAAGCUAAUUCGGUGUAAUUGCAGGGUUUUAACUGUCUAUGCUUUGGUACUGGAACGAUCUAUUCAUGUCCCAUCGAAGUCUCAAUCAAACAAUCAGUUAAAAUUACCUGCUCUUAAUGUCGCACUUUCUGGGUUUGUGAUGGAUGACGGGUCAUCCUUAUCUUGUUGGUGGGCAAAUUCUCUUGCAACUAUGAGAUUGCUUAGGUUCCAUGAAACUGCUCAUAGGCCUUUACUCCAUUAUUCCAAAACUUCAAUGCAAUGUAAGGCUAGGAAUUCUCAAGAUACUGUUGGCCAUCGUUUGGAAAAGAUGCUAAAGAAGUACCACCGAAUUAUUGUAAAAAGUGACAGGGUUUCUCAUUAUUCAUCUACUCCUAGUUUUACUUUUCAUGUUGAUUCAGGUGUCCUUAGCUGCCCAGAUGAGAGGAAACUCUGGCUCGUCAUGCUUGAUGCAUGUGCUAGCCCGGCUUCUAACAUUAUAGGCCGAGUGAUGGAUCCUAACUCUUUGCAGUUGUUGGAUACUGAACUUAAGGAGUUGAAUAUGACAACGCCAUCAAUGCCAAAUGUGCGGAUUACAGAAGUUGGGUGUUUAAAUCCUUUGCAUGAGGCGAGGAACCUACUUCAUGAACUAACAAGUUAGCUUGGUUCCCAUUUUAAUCUGGUUUUUUUUCUUUGUUUGGGCUGUGGAUUCGGGAAUCAAAUGGCAAGUGCCAUUUUCUGGUCUUCUUUACUUUCGGAGCAACAGACAGAUCUUCGGCUUGAUCUGCAUGAAGUAGCUUUUGUUUCUUUUGUGCUGCUUCAUUGAAGUCUGUUGAAAGCUGCUGAUCUUGGUGAGAAGGAAACCAUAUUAGAUCUGUAAGAUCAGUCCAGCAGAUACUACCAUAAGACUGAGACAUAUAAGAAGCCAUUGAGAUAGAUGACUAUUUUGUCCCUAAAGAUCAAAGGGUCUUUUUGCAAUAAGGUUCAGGUGCAAAUAGCGUUUCCUGGUGGAAUUGUUAAA